AUGCCGCGACUGCCCUUCCUUGGUCGUCUAACGACAAGAGACUAUGUCGCCCUCAUCUUCGGCGGCCUCUUCGUCGCCCUCGAGACCAUCCUCACUUUCAUCAUCUCCUUCCUACCAAAGUCCGUCAUACAAUGGUUCUACGAGCGCUCCCGCACCAUCUUCCACGUCGUCGUCGGCCCCCCAAUACCCAAAUCCGACGAGCAGCGCCUCGCUGAGCGCAUCCGCCGCGCCGAGGAUUUCCAACGCCUCUGCGAAAUAUUCGGCUACCAGCACGAAGAGCACGUCGUCCUCACCAAGGACGGCUACCUCCUCGGCCUCCAUCGUCUCCCCGCCAAACGGGGCGAGGACAGGGAGAAGCUCGGUACAUCCACCGGCAAGCCCGUCGUCUACCUCCACCAUGGUCUUCUCAUGAACUCCGAGGUAUGGAUCUGCCUCACCAGCCCCGAACGCUCUCUGGCCUUCACUCUUGUCGAGCUCGGCUUCGAUGUGUGGCUAGGCAACAACCGCGGCAACAAGUACUCCAAAAAGUCCAUCCACCACAACCCGAACUCGACCAAGUUCUGGGACUACAGUAUGGACGACUUCGCCUGGCAUGACAUCCCCGACUCUAUCGAGUAUAUUCUCCGAGUGACCAAGGAAGAGAGCUUGAGCUAUGUCGGCUUCAGCCAAGGCACCGCACAAGCCUUCGCCGCGCUCUCUAUCCACCCACCGCUGAACGAGAAGAUCAACGUCUUCAUCGCGCUCGCUCCCGCUAUGAGCCCUGCCGGGCUCGCUGCGUCCGUCGUGGACAGUCUCAUGAAGGCCUCGCCCACGCUCGUCUUCCUCAUCUUCGGCCGCAAGUCGAUCAUGUCCUCCGUCCCCGGCUGGCAGUCCCUCCUCUACCCGCCCCUCUUCGCCGCCUCGAUCGCCGUUUCCCUCCGCUGGCUCUUCAACUGGCACUGCCGCAACAUCGGGCCCCUGCAGCGCCUCGCCGCCUUCGCGCACCUCUACUCCUCCGCGUCCGUCAAGUCCGUCGUGCACUGGUUCCAGAUCAUGCGCAACGCCAAGUUCCAGAUGUUCGACGACGACGUCCAGCGCGUCAUCCGCAUCCGCCGCGCGCCCCGCCCCGCCGGCGUCACCGCGUACGCCCCCGCCCGCUUCCCCACGCGCAACAUCGUCUCGCCCAUCGUCCUCCUCUACGGCGACGGCGACUCGCUCGUCGACAUCGACGCCAUGCUCCACGAGCUCCCCAAGCGCAACACGCGCGUGCGCAGGCUGCACGGCUACGAGCACCUCGACGUCAUCUGGGGCGACGCCGUCCACACGGACGUCAUCCCGCACGUCGUCAGCGCGCUCAGGGAGCACGCCGUCCGCCCGGAGCGGCUCGCGGCCUCGGUGAAGAUGACGAACGGGUUCGACGCGGCCGUGGCCGCGGGCGAGGCGACGGACGGGUACAAUACCCCCGCGGACACCCUCUCUGGCUACGAAAGCUGAACGCUGACGCAUAGCUGAUUGUAUUCUGGAUAUGGUCGUGAUACUUGGGGCCAGUGGAUGGAUAGGAUGCGCGGACACUGGUUUGUCCGAGGCGUGGCGUGUUCGGACUCUCGCACGUCUCGAGGAGCGGACUAUAUUCUUGGUUUAUAAUGCACGUGCAGAGGGCUCUGUGAUUUUGAGUAAUCUCAUCCAACCUUUUUC